GUUUGCAACGGCUGCCAGUUUCCAAUCUGCCGCGCAACACGCACAUUCACUCCUGCUCUGCUGACAAUGGGAAGCACGCAGGCGGGCGACAUCGAGCACGGCUUGACCCCGCGUCGCUCGUCGGGCUCCACCUUUUUCCCACGCCCUCCAACGCCCUCCAAGCCGUCGCAGUAUACGGCGCUCGAGGCCAGCGACGCCAAGCACUCGUUGCGUGAACAUUUGGACGAGAGUGUUGGUCAGGGUGUCCGUAGACUUGCACGUACCGUGCGCCAACAUGCACACACCCCACAACUGUCGACCGCCGAAGUGACCGACAAACUCCGUCGCGACGUCAAGGACUCGACGCGCUUCUAUUGGCAAAAUCUGCUGGUCUUCCAGACCGAAAUGCUCUGCGGUGUAGCAGCCAUGCUGCUCAUGAUCCCAGAGACUGUGGCCUUCAGCUACGCGGCCAAUCUGGACCCACUUAACGGUCUGUACGCCACAGGCUUCCUCGGUGUGGCCGUGAGUCUAUUUGGCGGCGUCCCUGCCACCGUUGCCGGUGCUGCAGGAGCUGUGGCUAUGGUCAUGCCGACCAUCACCAGCGGCACCGGCUCGCUGGCCUAUUUGACGUACGAGGAGCGAUUGCAACACCUUUUUGUGGCUGUGACGAUUGCUGGUAUUCUGGAACUUGUCUUUGGCCUGCUCAAACUGUCGAAGCUCUUCUCCAUGAUUCCUCGAACCGCACAUAUUGGAUUCUUGAAUGGUUUGGCAUUAAUGAUGUUCAUCUCGCAGAAAACGACCAUUGAAGUAUGCAAGAACGACACGAUGCGCUUCGGAGAGUGCGAAAUCGCAGGUGACCUCAAGUGGAUGAGUGUGUCGUCGCCCACGACGUGGGUUACUAUCGGUCUGGUGCUUGUAACCAUGGCUAUCAUGCACUACUUCCCGAGAACGCCGUAUAUUGGCCACUUGAUCCCGCCCACGCUGGUUGCAGCUGUGAUUGGCGUUGGGUUUGAGUUCGGCAUCAACCGUCCUCUCCUCGGCUACGACGUGCGGACUAUUGGAGAUACGUCUCCACUGGACGGUGGGUUGCCCACUUUUGCCGUUCCCAAGUUCGGUGACGUACAAGACUGGGGCGUUGUGCUGUCCACUGCGGCCAGUAUCAUGGCUGUCGGACUCUUUGAGUCGCUGAUGACGCUGCAGUCUGUUGUGGAUUUAAAGAAAGAGCAGCUAUCGCAGACAGCUACACGCAAAGAGUGCAUCGCUCAGGGUAUCGGUAACGUGUUGUGUGGAUUCUUUUCGGGUAUGGGAGGCUGCUCUAUGAUCGCUCAGUCCAAUGGCAACAUUUUGAACGGUGCGCGUUACCGUCUAUCGUCAUUUAUGGGUGGCAUCUGCACGUUUCUGGUUGUAUUUUUCGCCAGUUCCGUCAUCGAGCGUGUCCCUGUGGCCUGCCUGACUGGAAUUCUCUUCGUGAUCGUCAUUCACACGUUCUACUGGCCAUCUCUCAAGCUCAUUUUCCGCGUCAAGAUUACGGAUUCCAUUGCAAUUAUCCUCGUGACGGUGCUCGCUGCUGCAAUGAACCUGGCUAUCGCUGUCAUUGUAGGCGUCAUCUGGCAGUGUCUGGUCAAUGGUUGGCAGAGCGGACUCUUGCUUACGUACCACACAGGUAUGGAGGUCGUCCCCGUUGUCAACGCCCACGACCGCACGGCUGAUCAUGAACUGCUUACGAGCCACGAGGAAGCAAAGGUUUACUACGUGAAGGGCCAACUCCUCUUCUCGUCUGUGGCCUCUUUCCGCGAGUUCUUCGACGUUCAACACGAUCCUAAUGUAGUUAUCCUGGACAUGCGUGACUGUAUUUUCGCUGACUUUUCGGCUGUCGAGGCGCUGCGUGAGGCUGCGAUGCGGUACCGCGAUGCCGGCAAAACCCUCGUGGCUCGUAACCUCGAUCCGAAAUCGCUGGAUAUGCUGAACCACGACUUUGGUUGGGACUCUGUCGAGCAUAUUCAGAUCGCGACCCCAGGUACUGCUACCAAUGGUGACGAACUCGUCAAGAGCAAGAUCGAUAAAGAGCGUCCUUCUCGCUACUCGCGUGCAUCGCAGGCGUCUCAGGGAUCGCUCCAUCAGCUGCACAUUCCUUCGCCUUGCGAGAGUUCUACGCCGUAUCGCGCCGCUGGACCGUAAACCCCUCCAUAAACGAGGGGUGAGGACUGAAAAAAUAUUGGUGAAAGGGUUGUUUUCAAGUACGAAGUAGGCAAAACAUCAAGCGAGUUCCUACUUACGAUGGUGGAUCCAAGUUUGUGCACGUCAAACUCAUGCGCGGUGACCACAGUCCGUGUGAUCCCGUCGCCUGAGUAUUGAUACCUCGAUGGGUCCACUACCAAGCCAAGCUACAAGGUUCCACCCAACGGAAUCACCUUUGGCGUCCAGACCAAGCAACUCCCUCCUCUCCCCACGCUCAAGCUACGUGUAAUAACGCUAUUAGCCGCAGUAUCGACAAUACACCUCACCUCUUUUCUCUCCACUUUGUACUUCGAAGCAUUAUUUUUUUUU